GGGUCAUGAUGAGCGCGACAUUCAGCAGUUUACUUCGGCUUUCGCUGAAUUUGAUGCCUGGGAACCGUUCAGGGACCUUUAUAUAUAUGACAUGAUGUCAUUUCGGUGGUCUAGGGGCUUGGAUUGCCUGCCCAGCCCAACGUCUCUCCACGUCAUCACAUUAAACACAGUCAUGCCUCUCCUUAUAUCUUACUAUGUCCUCCAUGGGUCGUGGGCUUCGGGCUGAGACAGCUCUGUCAGCUGGGGAGCCGUUAGGCGCAUGCACCAUUUUUUCGCCCGACGCGCCCAGCUGCCGUCUAAUAUUUGCUGUUUAUCCAUUGCAGAAAAAUAGGCGGCAGGUCCGGCCCCGGCUAUGUUCAGGAGCUUAGGUAGUUUUGAAACCUUCGGCCUGAGCGCAAUCCAGUUUCGAAACCUUCGGCCUCAGCGCAGCCUACUUUUCCCUUGAGAGGGAGAGCCACCUUCUUGUCGCCCGGCGGUCACGCGCAGCGGCGCGGCCGUUCUGCCGGGCGGAUUCGGCUGGGCAUCGCGGAGAUUGCGCAGGGGUUUCAUGGUCCAACGCAAUCGGUCGCCACUGAGCGGGAAUUCAACGUUUUUAGUAGUGAGUCCCUGCAUGUGUAUUUGUUCAGGAAACCGAACACUAACAACAUGACCUGCUCGUGCCAAGGGCGCGGACAGGGCCCGAGCGCGCAGGAAACGACGCACAGCUUGUCACCUAGUCGCAAAACGCAUGAAGUAAUAUAAUGAACGAGGAAACCCACUAGGGUGAAGCGGUGCGAAUAACUCGCUGGAGCAUGGAGCGCACUCGCGUUGAGCCUCGGUUGGCACUGACACUGACUGAGCAAGGUCGGCUUUUAUGGCGAUCGAGCGAAUCGGAAUGGUGGUGCCACAAGCUACUGGACCCGGCUGAAGCCCCGCCGGCAACCCCGGCAGCAGCAGCAGCAGCAGCAGCAGCAGCAGCAGCAGCAGCAGCAACCCCAGCAGCAUCAGCAGCAGCGCCAAUCCAACACCCGGACAGCACGCAGCCGCCGGGCGCGCUGGCGCUGGCAGGCGCCGGCAGCAGCGGGCUCCCGGCGGGUGUGGCCGGGGGCUUGGCGCCCGGUGCCCCUGUGCGCGAGGGCGGGACACUUCGGGGCGCCCUGGAGUCGCUGCUGCCGGCCGGAGUGGUGGCGUCGCUGCUGGCGGACGUGGGCUUGCAGCUGCAGGCAGGCGUGGAGGAGCCGGAGGCGCUGUCCCUGGCACUCCUGCACGUCGGCUACAGCUACAGCUACAGCCCGGAGCCAGGGGCGGCGGCGGCGGGAUCGGGGUCCGAUUCGGUGGUGGCGCCGGCAGUGGCGACGACGGCGGCGGUGGGACCGGAGGCGCAGGCGGAGGCGGAGGCAGUCCCGCAGGCGCCAGGGCCCGAGCAUGGUCAGGCAUCUGGGCUUGUAGCAGGAUUGGGGGAACGAGCAGGAGUGGGAAUGGAAGUGGCCAGCCCAGUAGCGGCCUCGGCGGCGGCCGCAGGGCAGCGGCCACACCAAGACGAAGGCAAGGAGCCGGUGGCUCGUCGUGUGAGCGCUGGCGGCUCUCCGGCGUCACCGGUGCCGGCGUCGUUGGCAACAGCAGCCACUCCAGACCUCGGUGGCGGGACAGGGAGCGGGAGAGGGAGCGCCGCGCCAGCUGCGCUGGCGGCAGCCACAUCGCUGGCGGCAGCCACAUCGCCCCGCCUCUCCCCCAUUCAUGCAAGCAGCCGCGCGCCCACAGGCAGCAGCCGCGGCGGCACGCCUCGCCGCAGCAGCUCGGCUUUCAGCGGCGCUGCCUCCACCUCGGGCGGCGUGGCGGCACUGCCGGAGAGCCCGCUGCCUGCGCUGGGCUCUCUUGGCCGCCUGAGCAUCACGAGUGCCGAGCAGCACGCGCUGCUGAGUGGCAUGCUGGAGCCUAGCUCGAUAUUCAUGAGUGAAGCCGUGGGGCUGGGGCUGUUUGACAAUCUUGACGUCAUGUAUCAGCACCGGGUGCAGGCGCAGGCGGCCGCCGCCGCCGCGGGCUCAGGAGGCGGCAGUGCAGCAGCAGCAGCAGCAGCAGGAGGAGGAGGUAGCGGUGCAGGCGCAGGGGGUGCGGCAGGAGGAGGCGCAGGAGGAGUUGCAGCAGGUGUGCGCGCUGACGCCACGGACGGCUCCUCAGCAGCAAGGGCUGCCCUGCAGCUGUACAUGAUCGACUCAGUCUCCCGCAACAUGUCGGAGGCGCUGCCUGCGGAGGCGCCCGCCGCCGCCGCCGCCGCGGCAGCGGCCGUGGCCGCGGCCACUGCAGCAGCCAGCGGCGCCGCCGCCAGCCGCGGCCUGCCGCUCUCCGCCGCGGCAGCGGCGGCCGCUGCGGCGGUGGCGGCACACCUGAGCGCGCUCGGCGGCGCUAGCGGCAGCGGCAGCGGCGCUAGCGGCAGCGGCGGACCCGGGGCGGGCUGGAUGCUGGAUCCGGACCUAAGGCGGCUGCUGGAUUCAGCGGCGUCCAUGUACCGCCACGGCUCACGCACCCCAACCGCCGACGGCGGCGGCGCCGCUGGCGGCGGCGCCGCUGGCGGCGCGCCAGGCAGCGGCGGCAGCGGCCGCGACGCGGCAGUCCGACGCUUUGCCAGCCCCUCCCGCAACUCCAGCAGCGGCGACGGCAGCGGGCUGUACGGCAAUGACGUCGCCUUGUACGGCGCCGGCGGCGGCGGCGGCGGGCUGCUGCGCCGCGGCGGCGGCCCUGGUCUCGCGCCGCCGGGCCACGGCGGGGUGCGGCCCGCCCCCCUGGCGAUGCAGGCUUUCCUGGGCGCCCCUGGCCCUGCCGCGGGCUUCGAGGCGUACGCACAAGGCCAGCCGCCGCGGCGGUCGGGCGCUGAGGACAGCGCCGGCCGCGCCCGCGGCCGCCUGUCCGGCCGCUCGGAAGGUGGUGAGCCCGUGCGCUACCUGCGCGCGCCGCCCGUGCGCGCAGACGUCGAUGCCGCCGCCGCCAGCAGCAGCAGCAGCGGCAGCAACGCCUCCGGCGGCAUUGCGGCUGGGGGCGGUGGCGCCUGGCCGGGGGCGCGCGCGCCGUCGACGCCGCCUAUAGAGGAGGACGCGGCGGGCGAGGAGGCGGCGGCUGCCGCUGCUGCUUCUGGCGCUUCUGCUGCUGCUGCUGGCGCCGCUGCUGCUUCUGGCACUUCCGCUGCUUCUGGCGCUUCCGCUGCUUCUGGCGCUUCUGCUGCUGCCACAGCCGCAGUAGGUGCCUUGCACUCGGAGGCCGGGGUCGGGGCCGGGGCCGGACCACAAGAGGCCGGCGGCGAGGCUAUUGAUGUAGAGGUGUCGCCGUUCACACACGUGUUGGGAGGCAUGCCGCUCACCGCCGCCGCCGCCGCACCCGUGUCGCCGCCGCCGGCGUCACCAUCGGUGGCGGCGGCCACCACGGCAGCUGCAGGGCCCUCCGGUGGUGAUGGCAUCGGUGCCGCUUCGGGUGCCGCCGCCGUGCAGGCGGCAGCAGGUGGCAGCUCGCUGCCAAGCGGCAGCAACGACACGCAAGCUAACGAUACCAACCCCGUCCCGGUCCCCGCUGCCGCCCCCGCUGCCGCCCCCGAGCCGGCCCCGGCUGCUGCCGCCGACGCGGGCGCGCCGGGCGCCAUCACCGCGCCGCCGCCCUCGGCGCCAACCAGCCCCACCACCGCCGCCGCCGCCAGCAGCUCUCUGCACCGCUCCGUGGGGGCCGUGCCGGCGCGGGCCGGCGGCGGCGCGCACCGCUUCCCCCGCCGCCGCAGCACCCGCAGCCGCAUGAACGCGCUGGUCGAGCAGUACCAGCUGCAGGGCGCCGCCGCCGCCGCCACCGCCGCCGCGGCGCCGGGAGGUGCUGGAGGUGGCGGCGCCGGCAUGUUGCCGCCAGGCAUUCUAUCCACUGGCGGCAUCGCCACCAUGGCCCCACGUCAGCUGGCCGCUGCCGGCGGCGGCGGUGGUGGUGCCGGCGUCGCUGGCGGCGUCGCUGGCGGCGGGAGUGGCGCCACUGCCUCACUCAGCAGCAGCCCUGCCCACGACCAGGCGGGCCUGCCGCCGCCGCCCAUAGCACUGCGCGCGGCCGGCCGGACGGGCAGCAGCAGCAGCAGCUGGCUUGGCGGCGUGCUCCCGCCCCCGGUUGCGGCGGCGGCGGCGCAGCCGGGUCCUGUGUCUGCGGCUGGCGCGGCGGCAGUGGAUGCAGGUGCAGGUGUAGGCGCUGGUGCUGGUGUUGCGGCGCGGCCGCCGCUGACGGCGCUGAGCGUGGAGUCGCCCGUUGCUGCCAGCCCAAACCCCAGCGGCGGCACGACGCCGGAGACGGCGCGGGGCCCGGCCAGCGUCCCCAGCGGCGCCCCGAGCGGCGGCAAGAUUGGCCGCGAGGAAAGCGGCAAGGGCGGCGGCGGAGCCGGGGCCAGCAGCGGCGCUUCAGGCAAGAGCGAGGGCGACGGUGGCAGCGGGAGCAAACAAGCGGCGGCGCAGGCGGGGGACGAGUCGGGGUUGCUAGUGCAGGCUGUGUAUCGCUGGCAUCAGGUCUCGUUGAGGCUGGUGCGUGCGCCCGCGCCCGCGCCCGGCGAGGAGCCCGCUGCCGCUGCGGCGGCGGCGGCGGUGGUGCAGCUGGUGGCGCAGGAUGUCGACGAGCUGGUGCACGCGGCGGCUGCGGCGGAGGCGUCGCUGGCGGCGAUGCGUGAGCGGCAGGCGGCCCUGGAGGCGUUGCUGGCCAGUGAGAUGAAGCUGUUGGAGGCGGUGUUCCCGCGCCAGGCUCUAGAGCACAUGAUUGGAAACAUGGUGCACCAGCACCGCCAGCGGGCGGCGGCACGGGCGGCGGCACAGGCGCCGGCGGCAGGCGACAUGUACCCGGUCCUUGCGGCCAUGCAGCGAGCCGCUGCGUCGCCGCCGCCGCCACCGCCGCCGCCGCCAGCACCACCUGCGGCAAUGCCAGCAGUGCCAGCGGUGCCAGCAGUGCCAGCGGUGCCGGCGCCGGCAGUGGCGCAGCAAGCGCAAAUGGCGCCGCAGCCGCAGCUGCUGCCGGCUUUGACGGCGCCUGAGGAGGACAAAGUUGCGGCUGCCAGUAGCUCCGCAGCAGCUGCUGACGCCGGUCAUGACCAGAGCAUGGGCAUUCCAAUGAUUCCAGACGCGGCUGCCAUUGCGGCUGCCAGUGGCGAGCGGUCGCCGAGUCCGACAGACGACGCCUACAGCGGCCUCGGCGGCGGCACCGGCAUUGGCGGCCAACACCUGAGCGCGAGCGUGGCGUGGAUGAUCACGGCACCGCAGUAUGGCAGUGCUGCUGGGCCGGCUGGCGCGAUCUCCUCCGCGGCUUUCGUGUCCGCCGCCGCCGCAGCGGAGCUGGGCGGCGGUUCGGUGGCUGGUGAGGGCAGCGGCGCAGCGCGGCUUAGGGGCGCCCUGGCGGCGGCGGCCGGCGCCCUGCCGGCGGCCGGCGCCGCUGGCGGGCGCGGCAGCGCCCGUGCUUCUGCCGCCGCUGCGGACGACGGUUCCCAGUUCUUGGGCAGCCUUGACAGCAGCGCGGUGCACCCGCGCACCAGCAACAACGGCUCGGUGGCGCCCUGCAGCAUCGGCGACCUGGACGGCGGCGGCGGCGGCGGCAACACCACCAGUUGCGGCUCCAGCAGCACGCGCCUGCCCGGCCUGAUGCUGCCGCUGGGGCCCGCCAGCUGGUCCGGACACAUGGCAACGCAGGCGGCGGCCGCCCUGGCGGCGGCGCCUGGCGGCGCCACUGGCAGGGCCAGCGCCAGCGCUAUGGCGGGCGGCGGCGGGCAGCGGGGUGCCAGUGGCGGCAGCACCGCCAGCGGCGGCGCGUCGACGUCAGCGGUGUCUACGGGCGCGGCGGCGAUGCGCGGGCUUAUGAAGAUUGCCAGCGGCCGUGGCGGCGUGGGGAGCCUGGCUGGCAGCCUGCUCAACACCGGCAGCGGCGGCAGUGCGGAGCUUGAGGCCGCCGGCGCCGUCUUCACUCGUGGCUCGUUCUGUCUGCUGCCGGACCUGCCCAGGGUAGACCGGCUGGCCGCGGCAGCCACCGCAGCCAACCCCGCGACAGCGUACGGCUAUGGUGCGGCGGGAGACCGGCUGCCGAGCCCGCUGUCGGCGCCAGCCGCCGGCGGCGACGCCAUCGGUGCCAUUCCGUUUGUGGCGGCGCCGCUGGCGUCCGCACACCGCAGCGUGACGGUCCUGUUCGCCGACAUCGUGGGCUUCACGUCCAUGUGUAACGAGCUGGAGCCGAUUGCGGUGAUGGCGUUCCUGAACGGCCUGUUCACUCGCUUCGACUGCCUGUGCGACAUCUACGGCGUGUACAAGGUGGAGACCAUCGGCGACUGUUUUAUGGCGGUGGGUGGUUUGAUAACCGUGGACGGCGAGGGCUUCAAAGCCGUGCGCGGCGACGGCAGUGAGGACGAGCUUCACGCGCUCAAGGUGCUUUGCUUCGCCAAGGCCAUGCUGAGGGAGGUGGCUCAUAUGACCAUGCCGCACAACGGCCAGCCGCUGCGGCUGCGCGUGGGGCUGCACAGCGGCCCCGUCACCGCUGGCAUCGUGGGCGCCAAGAUGCCCCGCUUCUGCCUGUUCGGCGACACCGUCAACACCGCCAGCCGCAUGGAGUCCACGUGCGAGCCGGGCGCCGUGCACGUGAGCGCGGCCACGCAGGCGCUGCUGCCGCAGGAGGACUGGGCGCCCACAGGCGGCGUGCAGGUCAAGGGAAAGGGCGAAAUGCAGACUUUCCUGUGGCGCCCGCCGACCGACCCCGGCUGGGCCCGCGGCGGCCUCGGCGCUACGUCAGACAUACUCGACCGCGCGCCCGCCGCCCGUGCCGCCAGUCACUCGGGUGGACCGGCCAGCGGCCACGGCCACGCCGGCGCUGCCGCCGGCGGCAUCGCGCCAGCAGGGCGCGGCAGCCGGCGCGGCCUGGCGGGAUCAAACCUCUUCAUGGAGGCGAACGCCAGCGGCGGCGGUGCCGCCGGCGGCGGCGGCGGGACGCGCGUGGCGUCUGUGUCUGAUGGGGAAGUCGUCCGUCAGGAGCUGGACGCAUUGCGACUCGGCAGUCCGCAGCGCGCGCCCAUCGUGACUGCCACCGGUACUUCCGCCGCCGCCACCACUGCCAAGGCAGUCGCAGCUGCAGGCGCUGCCGGCGCACCCACUGGCGCGAGCUCAAGCACCCCGCAGCGGUCGUCGCCGUCGCCGCGCGGCCCCGCGCCACCGUCGGGGCCGUUUGCGCCUGUGGCCGCGGUGGCGACCGCGGAAGCCGCCGCGCUAGCCGCUGCGGCGCCGGCGCCGGCGGGGUUGCCGGACCGGCGAGUGCGGGUGAGCGGCCGCGGGGCCGCGGACUUGGCAACGGGGCCUGCCGGCGGCGCCGCCAGACCUUAAUAAGUCGUGAGUCCAAGACUGCAUGCGACGGACGGAGGCAAGGGCGCCCGCUGUCAACACACGGUGGACGCACGUGCUGCAUGGUUCUUACAUGCGGCAGAGGCGACUAGCUUGCCGGAUAAAACCCGUUGGCGGUAGGAGAACGAGCGGGUGGAAGAAACGAUACGUGUGUGCUGGAAUUCCUGUGGUUUCAGGUGUGAUGAUGGCCGGGGGGAGGGGGCAUGAAUGGGGGACGUAAGGUGAACGAACAUGAGAGAGGAGGACGACGACCAGAAUGGACAAUGUGCGUGAUGGGUAUGGGGCAUCUCCUCCUGCGGAACAUUGGGGCCACCACCGCCGCUACCCCCACCGCCCAUCCCAGACCCCACGCACGAAGCUAGGACCUGUACGCUUCAGGGCAUCCAUGCACACACUGUUAUGCAUUGAGGAUACAAAUGAUGGCCUAUUUCACUCGUGAUCGAGAAUUCUUUUGGCGGCGGCGCUCAUUCUUCGCUAUAUGGAGUACGGUAUAUGCGUUUAUUCACGUGACCGCCGAACCGCACAAGCCAGGUGUCAGGCAGUAAGAAAGUACGUAAUGAGGUUGAGAGGCUGCGGCCUACGGGUGUGGACGGAGGCUUGUUGACUUCCCGCGUGCGCAUGUGACCUGGGGACCACGUCUAGCACACAGUGGUCUGCCAACUCGAUACCGUAGUGUGCAUCCGUACGCAUCACCGUACUCUAGGACUGCACUCGGCACCUAGGCGUGCAAGCGAAGCUGCUUACGCUCCAGGGUAUGCGCGGCCGGCUCGUGCAUUGCCUUCGCGAUCUUUGGCUAAUUGCGUGCGGCGCCGGCAGUCCACUGCAUGCCGGCAGCCAGGAAGCGGCGCGGGGUAUGGCGAUUGAGCUUGUUCUGUAUGAAUAUUAUCUAUUUUCGCGCCAGGCGUGCUUUGAAUAAACUGAAGGCUGCGCUGUGUUGGGUGUUGGUGACUGCUUAAAGAUCUGCAAUUACAAUGGCAGAAACACGUCUUGCUGCCUGCUCAGCAACUGCUGCUGUGUCAUGUGCCGCUCGAUUGUCUGGUUGGGGUUUGAGGAUUUGGGGUGCAAAGUGCUUUCCUGCUCUCCGGCCGUCGGGGACAGGGGGUUGAGGCAAAUGGGAGGGGCUACGCAGCGCAAUAGUAGCUGCUGUGAAGUGCAUGAGCGUGUUGGCUGGGGCAUGGUGGCAGUGUGCGGUAAUCUUAGGCGCCCGCCUUCCAGGGUUGUGGCACUCACAGCGGUGCGGGGCUGACGCCGGUGUGCCCCGAGUGUAUGCUAUGUCGGGCGCUUCGAUGUUGUGCACACAAGCACUACCGGCGUCCCCAAGCUGCACAUGCAUUAGUCAGCAGGGCAGCUGGUGCGGCAGGUUUGGUGGUUGGAAGUGCGCCCAACCGGCAGCGGUGAUUCUUUACUUUAACGAGUGAGAUACGCGAUGUCAGCAUCAAGCAAUGGGUGGACCUGUGCCAAUCAGGGGCGCCGGUAAUGUACUAGCUAACAUGGUAGUAGGGAGAGGCUGCGGCCUGAGGCAUGAGGCAUGGACGGGGGGCGGGUCAUUUGGUACUUGCCGCGUGCGCAUGUGAGUGUGUGUGGGGACCACAUAUAGUGCACAAACGAAUCUUCCAUCGCGCGCACGUGCACACCGUGUGCGCCAGCUCCAACCCAUAUCUGGCUCUGAAUCAUGCAAGAGGCAACUGCUUCACGAGCCCAGGGUGUUCUGUUCAUCUCCUGGUUGGAACCUUUCUUGCACGUGCACUUGCAUGUGCACACAGUGUUGGCAAGGGCCGCGGUGAACUUACUGAAUUGGGUGGGUUGGCGCAGCGCAGAUCUUGAGUAUUUGCCAGCUUUCGGGGGCCUGUCGCGCAACAGCAACUCUCGUUGGGGCGUGUGCUUGUUGGGCUGUCACGUGGCGAUACAAAGGCACCUGCGCCGCUACGGUACCGUAUGGCAAGAGUCGGUGCGUCGGUUGGUGUCAGGUUUGAGGUGGUCUGGUUUGGUGUCUGAGUCCUGGCGCGCAGCGCAGCCGGGUUGCGGGCUCAGAAGCCCCUCGAAUUCGAGCGUGCGGGCGUGCGUGUGUGCGUGCGUGCAUGCGUGUGUGAGUGCGUGUGUGCGUGCGGGCGUGCGUGCGUGCAUGUGUGUGUGCGUGCGUGUGUGCGUGCGUGCGUGCAUGCGUGCGUGUGUGCGUGCGGGCGUGCGUGUGUGCGUGCGGGCGUGCGUGUGUGCGUGUGUGCGUGCGUGUGUGCGUGCGGGCGUGCGUGUGUGCGUGCGUGUGUGCGUGCGUGUGUGCAUGUGUCAGAAUGGAAUACGGUAAUCUGCAGGUUCCCUCAUCAACGCGCAAGGCAGGCGCCUGCCAUGGCGUCUGGCUGGGGCGGGCGCCAACCGGCCUGCAUUUUUGAGGCGUGUGUAGUCGGGAAGGUUGAUGCGGCCUGGUGCACGUUGUGUCAAGACAUGUUGGUGUUGGUGUCGGUGGCACAUGCGGUCGGCCUCCCCAGGCCGCACGGUCAUCAGUUGAGGCGGUCACGUGGGGUGGAGCGAUGGGAGGGGCCGCGCAUCGCUUGCGGAGGGGCGGAGCACCUGGGCGGGCUGGACUCUGCUUCAAUCAGUUGCAAAGCCGUGUUGAUUGUGUGGUUAGUUGAUGUAAUGUCAGGUGGGCGGCUGCUCCUUUGUUGCUGCGAGAGCGCGGACGGCCACACUGGUCGCGGCCAGAGGGGGCAGGGAUUCGCAUUGGAGAGGGCUGGUCCUGGGCUGGGUAGGCUUCUCCUGUGGAGCGAGCGCAGCAGGCAGAGGGCGCAAAGAGGUUGUGGGCGGGCGCAAUGGGCCGGUUGUGCGCGCCGCGUGGAUGGUCGCGCGGGGCGAAACACACACACACACACACACACACAUACACACACACACACACACAGUGUGUGAGGAAAGCACGAGGUGUGUGUGAGGAAAGCACGACGGAAAGAUGUGUGGGCACCGUGUGUGCCGCGUCACUGUGUA